AUGGCUGAAUUACUACCUCCGACCCCCGGAAAACCUCCGAUCGAGAAGCUGGGUCUGGGGAUUUUGGUCCCCGAUACGACCUCGCAUGAUCCAAUCACUAUCGCCGGCGGUCAGGCCGUUGAGAUCCAGCACGGCGAGUCCUCCAUGAACGCGUCUCAGGGGGAGAGUGGGUCGCCGACGGCGUUGAUGGCGGAUGUGGUGGUGGAAAGUGUUGCUGACCCUGACGAGUUGGAACUGCAGAGUGCCCUGGAGAGAGAUUUUUGCCAGCUGACUAUUCAGCAGGCUGAGAUGGAGGCAGAGAGUGAGAGAUUAGAAGCCGUUGUUGUGGAGGGAGGGAAGGAUGUUGUGGAAACAGUGGAGCUAGGUGAUCUUCAUGGAGAAAAGGGUGGUAAAAAUGGAGAGACUGUUGAAGAUGAAGAUAAGAAGGGGUUGGGCUGCAUUGAGGGUCAAGGAACAUUGAAGCUAGAUAAUCAUCAUGAAGGAAAGGUAGGAGAAAACUUGGUUAGUGUUGAAGGUGAGAAUAGGGAUGGAUUGGGUUGUGUGGAGGAUGAGGGAAUGCUGAAAAUAGAAAAUUUUCAUGAAAAAAAGGGUGGAGAAAAUGAAGGGAAUGCCGAAGAUGAAACUGGGGAUGGGUUGGGUUAUUUGGAGAGAGAGGGUACAGUGAGACUAGACAAUUUUCAUGAAGAAAAGGGUGGAGCAAAUGGGGAAAGGAACGAAGAUGUAUAUGUGGAUAGAUGGGGUUAUAUGGAGAAUGAGGGAACAUGGAAACUUGAUAAUCUUCAUGAGAUAAAAGGUGGAGCAAAUGCUGAGCAUGUUGAAGCUCAAUAUGAGAACAAGUGGGAUAUUAUGGAGAAUGAAGGGGCGUGGAAACUUGAUAAUUUUCAUGAAGAAAAGGGUGGAGAAUAUACUGAGAGUCUUGAGGAUCAAAAUGAAAAUAGAUUGGGUUUUUUGGAGAACGAGAGGGGUAGUGUGGGGCAUGAAAGGAAUGGAGAAGGUAAGUCCUGGGAUGCUACGACAAAAUUUGGGAGAUAUAAUCCAAGUAAUGACGAUUGGAGGAUUAGAUAUCCUAUGAGGCCUGAUGCAGAGGAUUGUGCAUAUUAUAUGAAAUCUGGGUCUUGCAAAUUUGGUUUGAAUUGCAAGUUUAAUCACCCUCCUCGGAGAAAGACCCAGGUCGUUAAGGAGAGGAUGAAGUAUGGUGGAGAUAAUUUAGAAAGGGCAGGGCAAGCUGAAUGCAAGAUGUGCAUCCUCCGAUUUUCUUUUCAAUGGUAUAUAGUCUCUGCAAGUUUUACUAGCGUUAAGAAUACAUCAUUUUUCAUAGUCGGCUUUGUUUUACCUGUUCUGUACAUGAAUCAAUAUUACCUGGCAUCAGGUGGAUGUAGACAUGGGAAUAACUGUAGAUUCUCGCAUGGUUCAGGAAACAGCUUCAAGCCUCAAAUUCUCGAGUUCAACUUUUUAGGACUGCCAAUUCGACCAGGAGAAAAAGAGUGUCCCUUCUACAUGCGCAAUGGAAGCUGCAAAUAUGGGUCAAACUGCAGGUUUCAUCAUCCUGAACCUACCACAGCAGUUGGAACUGAUUCAUCCUCCGGAUAUGGCAACGCGGGAUCUAUUCCCUCACAACUUGUUUCCUCUUCGUCUAUGUCUUCAUGGUCUUCACCAAGGGCAAUCAAUGAGGCUUCAUCUUUCACACCUGCAGUGUUCUCUGGCGGCCAGGUUGCUCCAUCUUCAGAUCCAGAGUGGAAUGGUUACCAGGCUCCAACCUACACCACAUCUCAGAGGAGCUUACCCACACCCCCAGCAUUUGCCAUGAGCAAUCUACCAACCGAGAUAAGCUUUCCUAUGCAACAUCAGCAUGAUAAGGUGCUUGAUGAAUACCCCGAACGCCCAGGCGAACUCGAGUGCAGUUUCUUCAUGAAAACUGGAGACUGCAAAUUCAAGUCUAGUUGCAAAUUUCAUCACCCAAAGACUCGUAUACCAAAACCGAAGUCCAACUCAUGUACUCUCAACGACAAAGGCCUGCCCCUUAGACCUGAUCAGCCCAUCUGUACACACUAUCACAGGUAUGGCAUUUGCAAAUUUGGACCUGCAUGUAAAUAUGAUCAUCCGUCGAGUUUUGCCGACUUGCCAACUCCUUUUGAUCAGACAUUCAAGGACUCUGGUGGGUUGCACUAGAAUUGGGAAAUGGAAAUUAAUUUCCCUUACAAGUAGCUUGAGAUUAAAACCCAUUUUGGAUAAUUAUUGUUCUUAUUUGGAUGUAAGUAAACAGAGUUUAAACCUUACAAGCAGGUUUUGGUCGACUCUUACUAUUAAAGCCAUUUCGGUCCGACUCUUACU